CGGAGGGCUUAAACAUGGUGCUGCUUCUUGACUUGUUUAGCACACCAUGUUGACUGGAAACUGCUUGCCGCUCGCCAAAAUUAAAAUCAAAAAUAUAAUUUAAAACUACGUUUCCCCACGCCAAACACGAAAUAAACCCUUUUCAUCCUCACUUCAACCCACCGUUUAUAUAAUUCUAAUCAGGGAGAAAGCACACCACUCUACAAACACCUCUGCUUUUUGCUUGAUAAAUCCAUUUUGGCCGGUUUUAACAUGUCGAACAUAGACAUUGAGGGGAUCUUGAAGGACCUUCCGAAUGAUGGGCGUGUUCCGAAGACAAAGAUUGUAUGCACCUUGGGCCCAGCUUCUCGGUCGGUGGUGAUGUGUGAGAAGCUACUGAGGGCCGGGAUGAAUGUUGCCCGGUUCAACUUCUCACAUGGGACCCAUGAGUAUCAUCAGGAGACGUUGAAUAAUCUCCGCAUUGCCAUGCAAAAUACUCAGAUCUUGUGUGCAGUGAUGCUCGAUACCAAAGGUCCGGAGAUUCGAACUGGAUUCUUAAAGGACGAAAAACCUGUCCAACUCAAGGAAGGUCGUGAGAUCACUAUAAGCACCGAUUACACCAUUAAAGGGGAUGAAGAGACCAUAUCCAUGAGCUACAAGAAAUUGCCAGUUGACUUAAAGCCCGGCAACACCAUCUUGUGUGCGGAUGGAACCAUCACCUUAACGGUCUUGUCCUGUGAUACGAAAGCUGGGACCGUUAGAUGCCGCUGCGAGAACACCGCCAUGCUCGGUGAGCGCAAAAACGUCAAUCUCCCCGGUGUAGUUGUUGAUCUUCCGACACUAACAGAGAAGGAUAAAGAAGAUAUUCUUGGCUGGGGUGUCCCUAACAACAUUGAUAUGAUCGCGCUUUCAUUUGUGCGUAAGGGAUCCGAUCUUGUGAACGUUCGCAAAGUUCUUGGCCCACAUGCCAAGCAUAUUCAGUUGAUGUCCAAGGUUGAGAACCAGGAAGGAGUUGUAAACUUCGAUGAGAUCUUGCGUGAGACCGACUCAUUCAUGGUUGCUCGUGGUGAUCUGGGAAUGGAAAUUCCGGUGGAAAAGAUUUUCUUGGCGCAAAAAAUGAUGAUCUACAAAUGUAAUCUUGUCGGCAAGCCGGUGGUGACUGCAACUCAGAUGCUCGAGUCAAUGAUCAAAUCACCCCGGCCCACCCGUGCCGAGGCCACCGAUGUGGCAAAUGCCGUUCUUGAUGGUACCGAUUGUGUUAUGCUUAGCGGAGAAAGCGCAGCCGGUGCAUACCCUGAGAUUGCGGUCAAGACCAUGGCUCGUAUCUGCAUCGAAGCCGAAUCAUCUCUCGAUUAUGGAGUCAUCUUCAAAGAGAUGAUACGGUCAACCCCAUUGCCAAUGAGCCCGUUGGAGUCGCUUGCAUCAUCUGCUGUCAGAACAGCUAACAAGGCUCGAGCCAAACUCAUUGUGGUUCUAACCAGGGGUGGAUCCACUGCCAAGUUAGUGGCGAAGUACAGGCCCGCUGUCCCGAUUUUGUCGGUGGUGGUCCCAGUUUUGUCGACCGACUCAUUCGACUGGACCUGCAGCGAUGAGACACCGGCUAGGCAUAGUCUUGUGUACAGAGGACUGAUUCCGCUUCUUGCAGAGGGAUCGGCUAAAGCUACCGAUGCUGAAUCCACGGAGGUGAUUUUGGAAGCAGCUUUGAAAACGGCUUCCGCGAAAGGGCUCUGCAAGUGUGGUGAUGCCGUGGUGGCACUCCACCGCAUCGGUGCUGCAUCUGUCAUCAAGAUCUGCGUAGUCAAGUAAGAUGAUCAAAGUUAGUAUCUUUGGUUGCAAUGGUUAUCUGUUAGUUUUUUGAAAUAUGUUUUGAGUUCGUGAUUUGGAUCGUAUGUGACCAUGGACCUUUUUAAAUAAGAACUUAUUGAUCAACUUUUGUAUUUGAAUC